AUGUUGAAGGCUGCUCAGUCUCCAUUGCCCGAAAACAACCAGAUUCAAAGGCCUAAAAGUGGCCGGAAGGCGUUGCUGCCGAAGAACCCUCCGGCUACAACUCCGAUCAUUACCCCUCAGAAAGUGAAACCCACCAAGCCAAAUGCAGCAGAAAGGAUUGAUGUCUCAUUGGUUGAUAAUAAUGGUGUCAACAAAGAGAACGUACAUGUUCAGCUUCCCCUGUUUGUCGCCGAUCCGGUGAAAAUCGACCCAGUGAAGGUGGAGGAUUUCGAUUUGUCCUUAGCCGAGGAGCUAAACGCGAUACGCGAAAAGAGGGAGAGAUUGAAGAGGGAUAAAGAGGAGACGGAGAAGAUGCUGGGGGAGAGGGAAUUGGUUCUGGAUAUGCAAAUGAAGGAGCUGAGGAACAGAGGGGAAAUGCAGAAGAUGCUUGAAAUGGAGGUUGAUCGGUUGUAUCGCCUGAAUCAGCUGAAGGUGUCUUGUAUGGGUGCGCAGCUGGUUUGGAUAGGAGAAGAUAAGCUAAGUGAUGCAUUUUCUGUUGCCAUUGAGAUUCCCCCUUCUGGUUUGGAUGUGGAUGAGGAGCUCGACGAAGCAGUUGAUUUUUUUGCUCCUGAAUGCCCUGGUCGCUACAUUUCAUACUGGAGAAUGGCUUCUCCACCUGGUAAGAAAUUCGGCCAAUGGGUUUGGGUUCUUAUCCAGGUGGAUGCUUCUUCAAAGGAAAUGCCAUAUGAUGGCUUUUGUGUAUUUAAUCUGAAUUUACCACCUGUUAGUUACAGCAUUCAUAGCCCUGAAAUUAUUAGUGUAAGCCCUGUGCCUAUGGUGGAAGACACAUUGUCUGAUGGUGAGAACUUUAAUGAAGCUUCUGCUGUGCAUUUGCAAUGUUGCCGGAUUACGCCCAGUUCAAGGGGGAACUUCAUUUCUUAUCCUAAUAUUGAUGUGUCUGAGCUUGCUGAUCCAGUGGUUCCUUCCCCUCCUGCAUCUACUGUUACCUUGGUGCAGACUCAAGAUGUCGAAGGAAAGUCUGAGGUGGAGGAGACCCUCCUAAAAGAUCUUGAGGAGAUGGGGUUCAAACAGGUUGACUUGAACAAGGAGAUUUUGAGGUUGAAUGAAUAUGACUUGGAGAAAUCCGUGGAUGAUCUUUGUGGCGUGUCAGCUGUUGUGUGCCGGGAAAAUGAGCAGAACACUAUUUUGGAGUUUUGUAAGAGAUGUGUGGAGCAAGAAAGUUCUGGAAGUAUGUACAUAUGUGGAUGUCCAGGGACUGGAAAGUCACUGAUCAUGGAAAAAGUUAAGGACGCUUUAGUAGGUUGGGCAAAGGAGGCUGGAUUUCAACCACCGGAUGUGGUAUCCAUCAAUUGUACAUCGCUGGUGAACAGUGCUGAUAUUUUUAGCAAGAUACUGGGAAAAAGCCCACAGCGGAAGAAAAAUAGUGGCUCCAGUUCACCUUUGAAGGUUCUUCAGAAUAGCUAUUCUCCGAAACCACCUGCUAGUGGCUUGAAGAUGACGUUAAUUGUUGCUGACGAGAUGGAUUAUUUGAUAACAAAAGAUCGGUCGGGACUCCAUGAUAUAUUUAUGCUCACCACGCUCCCAUUUUCCAGAUGCAUAUUGAUAGGAGUUGCUAAUGCAAUUGAUCUGACUGAUAGUUUUCUUCCAAAACUACAGUCACUGAACUGCAGGCCAUGUGUGAUAACUUUCCGAGCAUACUCCAAAGAUCAGAUCAUUGCCAUUCUGCAGCAGAGAUUAGCUGUACUUCCUUACAUUGUUCUCCAGCCUCAGGCAUUGGAGCUUUGUGCUAGGAGAGUAGCUGCUGCAUCUGGAGAUCUACGGAAGGCUCUCUGUGUUUGCAGGAGCGCAAUUGAGAUGUUAGAAGCAGAAAUUAGAGACUCUGCUGAAAAUCUCAACCCUACAUUCGUAGAUGGACGGAUUUGUCAUGGUGAUACUUUUGGUAAACAAGAUAACCAAUUUGUGAGAGUUGAUCACAUGGCUCUUGCGUUGUCGAAAGCGUAUAAAUCUCCUGUUGUGGAUACUAUACAAUCUCUUCCUCAGCAUCAACAGAUUAUACUUUGUUCUGCUGUCAAGCUUUUUUGCGGGAGGAAAAAAAAAGAUACCACAAUAAGCGAGUUGAAUAAAUAUUAUGUAGAGUUUUGUAAAUCAACUUUAAUCCCACCACUUCCGAUCAUGGAACUCUCAAACAUGUGCGGAGUGCUAGCAGACCAGGGACUUAUAAAACUAGGACAGGCACGCGAAGAUAAACUGAGACGAGUUAUGUUAAAAGUAGAUGAGGCGGAUAUCAAUUUCGCAUUACAGCCCUAUUCUUGCCUCAUUCAUAAUGGCUCCCCAGCAAUGCAAGAGUCACCGGCUUUAAUGCUUAUGAUAUUAUCAUCUGAAAAGACAAUGCUGAGGUUGGCAUUUGGUAAAAGAGUGAGUGUUGGUGGCUCUUCUGUUACUUUAUGGACAACAAACUGA